UUUUUUUCUCUCUCUCUCUCUGUCUUUCUUUUCCCAAAAGGAGUUUGCCGACUCCAUUCGCCGUCCGGGUGAGGAAGGAGGGAGGCGGGAGCCGGUCCGGGAGCCCCCCAGGCGUGUCCGGGGCCUGGUCCGUCGGUCCAGCCAUCAUCAUCGGUCCACCGGGCCUGGAGCCAUGGGGGCCGGCAGCUCCUCGGAGCCCAGCGGGCCGGAGGAGAAGGAUAAAGGGGGGGAGGCCGCCUUGGCCCAGCCCGAGCCCAGCUGCACCCCCACACCGGAGGCCGAGCCCACCGGGGACCCCGGAGACCCCCAAAGCCCCGUUACCCAGGUUCUCCAAAAGAAUGGCCAAAUAGCAAACCUUAAUGGGCUACAAGAAGAACAAGAAGAACUCUGCCCUCAGGUAGUAGAACUGACUGGACAGCCGGAAAACGCCACCGUCACCACAGAUGUUGGGCAGAAUGAGCCUGAAAAUAUGGUCGAUAAAGAAGACUCGGAUAAACUUGUGCCAUCCCCGUCGGCAGCUGCUGGCGAUGACGUGGAAGAUAAGGGGGAGGAGGAGAGCGCCAGUGAAGUAAUUGAACAGCUUCCCUCCCCAGAAGACAAUAGUGAAGAGGCGGAACAAGCAAGUGAACCUCAAUCAAAUGAUGUCGGAUUUAAAAAGGUGUUUAAGUUUGUUGGCUUUAAAUUUACAGUGAAAAAGGAUAAGACCGAAAAAUCUGACCCUGUCCAACUACUCACCGUCAAAAAAGAUGACGCCGGAGAUCACGAUGAAACGAAAUUAGAAGAAGGUAAAGAAGAGGCGAAAGAGGAUGAAUUGACUCAGACCACAGAGAUACCUGAGGAACCAGAUAAGACCGAGCAGGGCAAAGGAGAAAGUCCCCCUGAUGCAGACUACUCUGGUGAGCCACUGGAGGAGAGCAAGGAUUCAACCGAAGAGAAAAAAGAUAAGGAAGGCGGCAAGACUCCUGAGUCACCAACAAACCCACUGGCCAGUGAAACCGCUUCACCGUUCAAAAAAUUCUUCACCCAAGGUUGGGCCGGUUGGAGAAAAAAGACCAGUUUUAGAAAGCCUAAGGAAGACGAGCCGGAAGUUUCUGAAAAGAAAAAGGAGCAAGAGCCAGAAAAGACCGACGUCGUCGGAACCGAGGUCGAAGAACAUGGGCCGAAAGGAGAUGCCCCCGAAAAAUUACCCACUUCCAAACAGCUGCCUGAUCAGGAGACCCCUGAAGGCAAAGGGGCCAUUGAGGAUGUAAAGGGUAUAGCCCCCGAAGAGCCGGCGAAAGAAUUGGAGACGGUCCCUGACGUGAAAACAGAACUAUCCCUCGAAGGGAAGACCGCUCCCUUGGCCACAGAGAUAUUUGACGAAAAGCUAGAGACCGUGGCGGAGGUUCACGUCCAUACCGUUGAGGAGAAAAUAGAUCAGAAAGUUGAGGUGGUAGAGCUCGAUGGUUCUCUGCCCCUCGAUCAGUCCCCCGAAGCCGCUGCGGAGCAGCAGAAAAUGGACUCCGUGGAGGAGUUGUCGAAGGCCAAAGAAGUGUAUUCCUCAGAAGGUGACCAUGACAAACACACUGAAAUCAGCCCUGAGGAGAGUGCUUCAUGUAGACCUCCUGAAGGUAUUACAAAUGAGGCCGAAAUACUCUCCUCACAAGAAAGAAUCAAAUUGCAAGGCAGUCCUCUAAAGAAACUUUUCAUUGGUACCGGCUUGAAGAAGCUUUCUGGGAAGAAACAAAAAGGAAAGCGAGGUGGAGGAGGAGAUGAAGAAACAAAGCCGGAGGAAUCGGGAGAACCCGCGCAGGCUUCAGCCGAUUCCCCAGAAAGUCCGGAGGAACAGAAGGGGGAGAGCUCUGCCUCUUCUCCUGAAGAAUCGAACGAGCUGACUUUAGUGGAGAAAGGCUCAACGGAGGCUCCGCAGGAUGGGGAAGUCGAAGAAGGAGCUGUAUCUGAUGGAGAGAGAAAAAGGGAAGGCGUUACUCCCUGGGCAUCUUUUAAAAAGAUGGUGACCCCAAAGAAACGGGUCAGAAGACCUUCUGAAAGCGACAAAGAAGACGAAGUAGAUAAGGCGAAGAGUGCCACCAUGUCUUCCACCGAGAGCGCGGCCUCGGAAGCUCAAGAAGAAACGAAAGGAAACGGGGAAGAGCCAAAGACAGAAGAGCCAAAGCGAAAGGUCGACACGUCAGUAUCGUGGGAAGCCUUAAUCUGCGUAGGAUCGUCUAAAAAAAGAGCCAGGAAAUCGUCAUCUUCGGAUGAAGAGGGAGGGCAGAAGCCUGGUGGAGACGGCCAGAAGACAGUCGAAGAACCCGUAAAAAGCAAAGAAGCGGGAGCAGAAGUAACCCUUGCCAAUUCCCAAGAAAAUGAUCACGGUCCAGGAAGUUCCUCCCCAGAACAAGCUGGAAGCCCAUCGGAAGGGGAAGGGGUUUCCACCUGGGAAUCCUUUAAAAGAUUAGUCACUCCCAGAAAAAAGUCAAAAUCCAAAAUGGAAGAGAAGACCGAAGAGUCUGCCACCGUUUCUGGCCCAGAGCACUCAGACGUCGAAGCCGGGAAAGAUGAAUCUUGGGUUUCCAUCAAAAAGUUCAUCCCUGGUCGGAGGAAGAAAAAGUCAGAUGGGAAACAAGAGCACGCACCCGUUGAAGAGAUGGCAGAGGGGAAUGAAGAGGACUCGGACGUCCCUGCCGUAGUACCUCUAGCUGAGUAUGACGCGGCCGAACGGGAGAAGAUCGAAGCUCACGGGCAAGCCGCAGGUGACGAGGCGGUACAGAGAAGUUCGGUAGAGGAUGGAGCGGAAACCGUAGCUCCUGGCCGGAACGAUGAGGAUCCACAGGAACUUAUCGAGGGGUUGGUUCACGCGGUAACCGUGACGGUGGUAGAGGGUGAACGGGCAGUAACCAGCAUUGAAGAAAGGUCCCCAUCUUGGAUAUCUGCUUCUGUGACCGGGCCCGUCGAGCCAGUGGCGGAAGGUGAACGAAAGCAACGGGCUGAGGAGAUACUCGAAGAGGAAGCGGUUGCGGAAGAAACGUCGGUCGUCAUCAGAACCUUGACCCAGGCGAAAGACACUAGCGACGACACCAUUGUUAGCGACCUGGAGUUCACUUCGGAAGCCGUCACGGCCCCGGAUGAAGCCACCGAAGCGUCUUGUGUGGAGGAAGCGAUGGAAGCGUCCUGUGCGGAGGAGACCACCGAAAUGGUUUCUGCAGUUUCCCGGUUAACGGAAUCCCCUGAUACGACAGAGGAGGCCACCCCUGUGCAGGAGGUGGAAGGUAACACACCGGAUUUAGAAGAUCUGAACAGAAGAACACAGGAGGUGCUUCAGGCGGUUGCAGAAAAAGUGAAGGAAACGGAAACAGCGCAGGUUCCCGACGGUACCGAGGCCGAAGGCGCUGUGCAGGCGGCCGGAUCCAAAGACCCGGAGGGAAAAGGUCCCUUGCAAGAUAAGCCAUUGAUUGAACGGUCUUUGGUGGAAGCUGGAGAAAAUGAAAAGAAAGCGACUGAGACGAGUCAGGAGAUUAGUAGUGGGGCUAAAGAACUGCUUCUAAAGGCCGAAACGGAAUAUGUAUCGGAUGACAGGCAGGGCCAAGAACAAACAACUUCAGAGAGGAUUGAAAAAGUGCCUGAAAUUAAAGGGAGGGUGGAGGAGUCCACCUCUAGUGAAAAUAAAUUAUAUAGUGAUGUUAAAGCAACUUCCCAACCUGGGAUUCUAGCCGUAGUGGAGUCACAGGACAUUUCAACAGGACGGUCCGCAGAAACAUCUCCAGACGAAGCGACGGAAGAAAGUACCCCGGUAGCAGAUUUUGAAGAUCCAACUGUAUUGCAUCAAGAAAAGGUUAACGUGUCCCAAGAAUUAGAUGCAGUGGUAGACGCAGUCACUCACUUGGGGUCAGUGUUAACGGAAGCCCUGGUGCGGAGUGAAGUACUUCCAGAAGACUCUGGUUCCCAGCUUCCAGAAGAAAAGCUAUCGGAAGAGCCUUCGUCAAGCGAAGCGCUAGGCUCUGUAAAGAAAGACACGCCGGCUGAAGCGAUUCAGAUUCCUUCGGGAUAUGAAACCAUGCAACAGGCAGGUGGGCACGUUGAGGAUGAAGACCUCAAAGCCGCCCCAGUUGAGGAAGAUGUUCAAGCUUUUCCAGACCCAGCAAUAAUCAAGUCGGAUGACGAUCAACAAGGGGUACGUGAAGUUGAACCCGAGGAAGAAACCGGUCCCGAAGAGCCUAAAGUAGAACAGAACGUGGGCGAUUCUGAAAACAAAGAACUGGAGAGCGAUGUGAAAUCUUACUCCACUCAAGUGCGGGAAGAGACUGUGGUGCAGGAUGAGGCAGUGACCUCAGAAAUUCUCAAAGUUGAGAGCCCUGAGGCUCAAAAAGCAUCCUUGUCACGCACUGCUGCAGAAGUCGAGGAGAAGGUGGUAGCAGAAACAGCAAAGGUUUCAGGAACAGAAGCCGAAACUCUGGAGCCUGUAGACGUGAAAUUCGCUCCUGAAGAAAUGCCUUCUGAAACAGACCAAGACUUAAUCACUCGUCAGUCAGAGCAGACUGCUGGAGUUGACCGGCAACCGUCAACGGAGCCCGCGUCUCCAACAACGGAACCCGUAUCAGAAACUGUAACCGCACCAGCUAGUGCUGCUGUUGCAGAGGAAUCGAAAAGCUCUGACCCAGAGCAAGGCUGUAGCCAGGAGUUGCACAAACUGAAGCCCGAUGAGGCCGAGGACCAAACCGUCCUUCAAGAAACCAGUCAGGCGCCAGCACGAGUGGAAACUGGAAAGGAUGAAAACCAGACUUUGGAAUCUCAAAGUAGCAAAAUUGUUCAAAAUGUUAUUCAGACGGCUGUUGAACAACUUGUGGACUCGGAAGAGCCGGGUGCCGAAACCUCUGAGUCGAGUUCCGAGAAGCCGGUACGGUUAACAGAAACUGAAAGCCAGGAGGCUGUGUCUACAGUGGAAACAGAUGAAAAGGUACAGGCAGCUCCUCAGCUCCCCACAAAAUGUGAAGUGAAGCCUGUUACAGUCGAAGAGGAUUCGGUAGAAGAAAAAACGGCGGUAGAGCCAACCGUAGAUUUACCCGUAACUUCUGAUCUUUCCAAAGAAGACACCGUUCAGGCCUCAGGUGCUCAGAAAUCUAGAUUACCCGUAGAGGAGCAGCACUGUGAAGCAACUGUAGCCUUGCCUGAAGACGACAAAGCGGUAAUUGGAACAGAACCACCUUUGAAAGAUGACCAUGACCUGUCAGGAGAAAGAACUGAUAAACCCAAACUUGGACCCGAAGAAGAAAAUAAAGGUGAUUUGUCAGUUGGUCCCUCAGAGGACCAGACACCAGGCCCGGAGGAGGCAAAUGUCUCGAAAGAAGUAGCUGAAAAAUCCCCAGAUGCAAAUGGACCAAAACUAGAGGAGGAGGAAAACUUCCAGGGGGUGGAAUCCCGAGAAGGACUAGUAGUUGAGCAGAUGUACGUGGAAAGAAAGGAAGAGGUAUGUAGUGAGUCGUUAGAAGAUGUCAAAACACAGAAGCAGGAAGAGGCAUCUAAGGAUGACGGUGAAUCUGGCGUCUGUCCACCAAAGUCAGCUUCUGAAGAAUCCUGAGACAGUCUAAAGUACAUUAUGUACGUUGCAUGACCAGAAUGUGAAGAAGGCAAGAGAAGAAAAUGAAGAUUGCUAAUUACACUGCAGAUCAAUCUUUCCGACCUGCGAGAGGAAGAGGAAGGCUACCACCAUCCGUACCAUUCCUGGAGAAGCUACUGACAAUCCUGAGGUAGCAUCAGGAGCUUCAGUCACCAUUUUUUUUAAUUCUUGGAUGUUCACACUUCCUCUCUUCAAAACCUCCCCGUAUUUUUGCUUAAUAAAAUAAUACAUGACGUUUUUGAUUUAUUGACCUAACUUGUUACCCUGGAAAGGAAGUUGGCAACACCCAGUUUCUGAGAUUCCAGAAUUCUGUUUUUUACAUCCUUCCAAAACUGGAGUGUAAUUCUUUUAUGUAUUUAUAUGUAUAUCUUAAAUAAACUUAGUUCUGUUUUAUUGUAUAUUUUUCUCAACUUUAUGUUUAAAGAAAUAUGCAGCGGGUGGUUGAUCACUCUUAGUUACAAAGUACAUGAAAUAUCAAGUGCACAUGACCAAAGUGAAGCGCUGUAAAGUCUUGGCCCAAAAUAACUAACUUAUGGAAACUAAGGUUGUUCCUUCCAUAAAAACAUUCCUGGUCAAAAGGUACAAUUCCUAUUAACCUACUGAUGAAUAUGUGAGCAAUGAAAUUAUAGCCCUGAGGAGCAUUGGUUUUCUUGCCAUUCAGUGGAGAGCUAGAAAUAAUUUCAUUUAAGCAAUUUUUUUUUGGAAAAGCCAGAAGCUGGGAGUCGCUCUAUUUGUAAACUUCAUGUCUUAACUCAUCCCCAUUUAUUUUGGCAUGACUCUUUUAACACAUAAGUGUACUUGUCUCAGACAAUUCUGAAUUGUAUUUGAUGUUACCAAGAAAAGCUUGACUGUUCGUAAUUCUUAGAUUUUUACAGCUCCUGGACCAACAACAUACAUUAACAGCAUGAAAUGACAUGUCUUUUGAUAGAUACCGGAUUGUAUCUUCAUAUCUGUGCUCACUUUUUUUAAGGAUAGUGUUUCAUUAUGUUCACCUACAUUUGGCCAACUGUGUUGUCACAAACGACUUAAAUAAACUACUUGCUUACCCUUAGGUUUGUUGGUUUUAUUAAGAGCUAGGAAAUUCGGGACAGACAAAAAUUACCUUUAUGGAUAUGGACGAAUGAAUGGAAAGACUGGGUAAGCUUGAAAACGGCAACUUUCUCCAAUGCCACAUGAGCUUUUUGGCGGUGUCAAAGGGGGUUACCGUGCCGCUUUAAAAGGCGAUUUUUACAGAAAAUGAAUGAAACUGCAUUCCAACCGUAUUCAAGAUAAGUAAAAUAUUUCUCAAAAGGCUGAAUACAUUCCAGAAAGGGGGCAAUUCCUUUUUGCCCCCACCCUGCCACUCCCCCUCCCCAAAGUACAGACAGAAGUGAACUGAAUUGUUAAAUAUUGGUGAGAUUCUACCAUCUACUGGUGAUUUUUGAAAGCUGUUCAUCCCUUUUGGGCUAAAAGUACAUAAUUCAGACUUUCUGAUUGGACUGGAAAGUAAAUGCUUAUUUACCUAGGAACUUAUUUUUUACAGUAUCCUUCUUUAAAAGAUGCCCAGGGCCAAGAAUGGCCUAGGAGAAUUUUCUGAACUUGUAUUUGAGAUUCCAGUGAUGGCUGUGUCAGUGGGCAAGAAUGGCCUUCAGAGGAUCCUUAAAAAAAAAAAUCAAAUUACAAAUGUUCAAAAUAUCUGCCAUAAUGUUCAUGUAUUAAAAAUGCUGUUUCUCUGCACCUAGAAUUGAUCUCGGAGAAUGUAUUUUCUAAAUGUCACUCUCUAGCAUAACUGCAGUAUUCCAGAGUUUAAGUGCUCAGACUGCAGGUCAGUUAGACCCAUGUACUUAUAUUUGCUGGAAAGUCUGUCUCUCUCCCCACGCGGACGUUACUACAUGUCACUGUACUACUGUCAAUUUUACUUCUAAACUGGAAGUUCUUUUCCAUUAGUGUUGCAAGCGCACGUGGCUAUUAUGGAAAAUUUGCAGUGUAACUACAGAAUAUCUGACUUGAGGCCCUUAGUUAUGAAUUUGGCCUUUGAGAUGUUUGCUUUCAUCAUUCUCAAACAUUUUACCAUCGACAUUAACUCACGUAGCCCCAAAGCUAGCAGUGGGCUACCUGUGGCUGCUGUGUUAAUUUUACUGGCCCACAAACUUCUCGUACUUUGUCCUCUUCCCCAAUAUAUAUGCCCCUGGCUGCUACUAUUUUUAUAAUGGGGCCAGGCUGGACGCAUCAUGCAUUUAACAGGCAAAACACCAUGCCUUUCUCAAAUAGAGCUACUUAAGCGUAUACAUUAUUCAAACUUAGCAGAAUACUGUGUUUUAUUUUGACUCCAAAUUCCCAUCUUCACCCACUGUCUUUUUCCUGGCCAUUCCCCCCCUCCCACCCCCAUCUCUUUAGCUUCGGGCACCGUAUCCUGAUUCAUGCCAAAAAUCGCAAUUGGUUUUACAGAGGUUAGGGUGGCUUGCAUUGUCUGUGUUUUUAAGCCAAUGCCUCGAUGUGUCCUUGGUUGCAUUUGUACAAACUGUAUGUUUCAUAUUUGUUCAGCCAUAUUCUAGCUGCAGCAGGUACAACGGACAUGGCACGGACUGUGUACUGAUGGAGAUUCAUAGUUUUGAAGCAGCUGUUAAUUUGUAAAGUAAAUUUGGAUUUAGAACUCUGCUAUAGCAACUGUAAAUUGUUUGGAAAAAAUUGGGGGAGCAAGUGCCUAAAUCUUGCUUGUUUUUGAUAUAAUUGCGGGGCCUUGUAUAGUUAGAAGCAAUGCAGCCAAUUGUAAACUCUUAACAUUUCUUGUAACUGAGGACUAUGAGAUGUUGCCCCCAGAGAUUAUUUUAUUAAUGGUGCCAGUGAUUUGUCUCUAUACAAGCACUCUUUUGCAAUAUACUGCUUUGAUCUCUGUGGAACCACAAAUAUAUUCAGUUGAGGGCUUGGAACUUUAGCUUGCAUUUUGAGCUUCAAGCUUUGCAGAUUCCUCCGGUCCAAAGCAUUGUUACAAGAUAUUUGGUUCCUCAUUCUGUUUUUAAGGUAGAUUUGCAUUAUCUAAAUAAAAUUCAACUCAAAUACAA